UGUUCUCCAUCAUUAGAAAAAUGCCGCAAGAACAUGUUUAAAAUCGCCCAAAACACAAUUUUCAUUGGAGUGGGUCUUUAAUACAAAAACAAAACAAACAUAGUCAUGCUCUGUUAGCGUCUUGGUGUCUUUGGAGCCUGAUUUAGUCACAAUCAAACCAAAAGUCGGAUCAGACAGACUCAACGGUUAUAAUAUUAGAUGGACAAACAAAGCUGAACUGGAGAUGCUUAACCUUAUUUUGAACUGAUAGUCAUACAGGACUUCUUCUACAACCUGCUGAAUUUUGAUGUUUUGUGCUCUUGAGUGUUUUAUGUUUCCUUAAAAGAAAUGAUACAAGUUAAGAACUGUUGACAGGAAGGCCAGCUACAAUACCAUGCUUUUUAUUGACCUUUGUAGUAGUUUUGAUCAUCCCUGCAUCCUUAAAACCAGCAUCCACACAAGAUGUCUUGAAAGAAUUGAGGAAAAGCGACCUACUAAAAAGGAACAAAUUCCAUUCAGCUUUUGGGUUUAGUGUUGAAUUCAGUGAUGGGCCUUGAUUCUCUUUAUGUGAGCGUAAUCGCUCAGAUCAGCCUGUGAAUCUGUCACCCGCCCGGUUGGACGUUGGCUAAUCCUCCUCAGAACCUUGGGAAACUGGGAAACGACCCCGGCACCAGCUAUCUGCUCUAACGAGAUUUGGGAAAGCCGGUGGUGAGCUGAGGUCACAUGGCCUUCUUCACUCCCAGGUUCCCAGAUGGAAGGAUUUCCUGUUUGGGCAAACAGGUCACAUGGAAGAAACCUGGCGGCAGUUCUGAGCUAAAUUUUUUUUGUCCUGGAACAACUGAACCAGCGCCCAGAUGUGUCGCCUUUUGAUUUAGGCUUGGAAAGCCUGAACUGGAUGUGUGAAGAAAUUAAUAAGGGGUUCACAUGACCGUGAAGUCCUGAAACUGACCAAACUGGGCUUGAGAAAAUCCAAAUGUGGAAAUGAUUUUACCCUCAAAUGACUUGUGGCUUAAUUUGGAUAUAGCCCCACAUUUUUAAGUGGAAAGAAGUUCAAAUGCUGUUUUCUGUGAAGCAAAGGAAGCUUUAUCCUUUAAAGAUCUGCUGUAAAACCUUAACGUCACAACCUGUGAGUCAACCAAAUGAAUUCUGGAUCUCUACCACAUUCUCAUAAAAGUGUUUGAAAAACCAAUUUUGCAAGUGACGAAUGAAGCAGACAUCUUGGGUCACUAAAUGCGGACUUGCAUAAUAUUUGCACUCCAGUGUCACUCCUGCUGGACUCAUACAGGUGAAUCUGACUUUGCAUUUUAAUGUAUCUACUUUUUUGUGUGCACCAAACAUUGCUGACAGAAAUAUAAAAAUCUUAUUUGAUCACAGCUCUCUCCAGCCAAUUCAAGCCACAGUUGAACCCAGAGUUCAACUUUUAUUUUAUUUUUUAAAUAUUUGCUCUGAGAAUAAAUGGGUAUGGUGUGACAUUUUGAUUUAAAAUAGCCUCAAUGGAGGUGGCAUGCCAACCAAACAACUUUUUUCGAAUCUGUGGUGGAGAAAAAUAUUCACCUACUUUUGUGUCUCUGUGUCGCAACCAGGAUUUGCGUUGUCCUUUGUUUACUUGCAGCCUUAAUUUGAUGAAAUUGUUUUUGAUUUUAUGUGAAAAAAAGUGAUUUUCCUGAUUUUGCAUUCAUUAAAAUUCCGAUCUUAUCUAUUUUCAAAGUAGUCUUUUAAUUAUGAUAAAUCUGGUUUGAGACAAAAUCAAAAAACUUGUCAGUUACUUUAGAGCAACUGGAGUUCAUUAGAAUUUUGUCUCUGAGUUGUGGGCAGGACUGUUGGUGUGGAGUAAGCCUGACCUCGUUUCCCAUCAUCCCUUUGUUCACACUUUGUCUCGCUAGAUACAGCUCUUUGCAACCCCAAGCUAACAUUAGUGGUGCAUUAAAAAAGUGGAUGUAUUGGAAUGGUGCACACCUGGGAGCUUGUGGCCCACCGAUGGUAGCUCCUACAUCACUGCUGCAAGCUUUUUAAAACUUCUUUUUUUUUUCCUGCUCCUGAUUCACAACUAUUUGAAUAAAGAAUUACUCAGAAUUGAACAUUUAACCUUCAUUUAUAUAGGUCCAUCGCAAGAAAAAUCCCACAAAAAAACCUUUUAAAAUAAAGCAAAACUGGUUUUCAUUGGAGUGGGUCUUUGAAAAUGUUUGGUACUAAACUUUUUUAGGUUACCACACGUGGUCUUAAUCUUGAUUUAUGAUGAAUAUACUUUAUGGGAAUUAUACUUUUUGAUUGGGAAGGAAAGCAUACUUGCUUUAAAAAACAAGUUUUAGAGCACCGCACAAUACUGGGGUUACAACUAAAAGCUUAGUUUCCGAGCAGCACUUGAACGCACCAGAAGCAGUCUCCUCCGUCGGGCACACCCACCCGGACACACCCACCCAGCAUCCCAGCUCGCGGCUGCUGCCUCGAGCAUCUUCCCUCUGAGUUUUCGGAGAGCAAACAUGGAGGCGCUCGCCAGAGAGAGCAUCAGUCUGCUGACGUCGUCCACAGCCAAGCCGCCGCUGGACGCCGGGCCGCGGCUCGGUUCUACGGGGGCCGUGUUCGUCAUGCUGAAAUCCGCUCUGGGCGCCGGCCUCCUCAACUUUCCAUGGGCCUUCGAGAGAGCCGGGGGGGUCCGCAGCGCGGUCACGGUGGAGCUGAUCUCGCUCGUCUUCCUCACCAGCAGCCUCAUCAUCCUGGGUUACUCCUCGUCCAUCAGCGGUCGGUGCACAUACCAGGCUGUGGUCAAAGAGGUCUGCGGACCGGCCAUCGGGCAGCUGUGCGAGAUCUGUUUCAUCUUCAACCUCUUCAUGAUAUCUGUUGCCUUUCUGGUCAUCAUGAACGACCAGCUGGAAAAGUUGUGCGGCUCGCUGUACGAGGUGGUAACUGGUUUGCCAAAGUCAGAGAUGCUCUACCACUUCUACACUGACCACCGCUUCGCUCUGCUGCUGCUCUGCAUCUUCAUCAUCCUGCCGCUGUCCAUCCCCAAAGAGAUCAGCCUGCAGAAAUACACAAGCAUUCUUGGUACUCUGGCUGCCACCUACCUCACCGUGGCCAUCAUCAUCAAGUAUCACACCUUACCGACUGUUCGAGUUCACAUCCCGAUCCACUCCACUGGGAAGAGCUCCUGGACCUCCAUGUUUAGUGUGAUUCCAACCAUCUGCUUUGGUUUUCAAUGCCACGAGGCCUCCAUCGCCAUCUACAGCAGCAUGGAGGACCAGCAGCUCUCCCACUGGGUGGCAGUCUCUGUGGUGGCCAUGGUCAUCUGCCUCAUCAUUUACUCCCUCACAGGGGUUUAUGGGUACCUGACAUUUGGGAGGGAGGUGAAGGCCGACAUUUUAAUGUCAUAUGCCAGCAGUGAUGUCAUGAUGCUUGUCGCCAGGCUGCUGUUUGGAGUCUCCAUCAUCACUAUCUAUCCCAUCCUCGUGCUGCUGGGCAGGUCGGUCAUUCAGGACUCUCUGCGGAGCUGGCAGCGACGGCAGCGGGAAGGUGUGGCCUCAGCAAAGCUGGAAAGGCGGAGCCGCUACCUGCUGACGGUGCUCUGGAUCAUAAUUACACUUCUGAUCGCUGUGUUCGUACCCGACAUCAGUAAGGUCAUCGGUGUCAUCGGGGGAAUCAGUGCCUUCUUCAUCUUCAUCUUUCCAGGACUCUGUCUGAUGUUCUGCAUGCAGACUGAACCCGUGUCCUGCAGAACCAGGGUUGUCCUCACUGCUUGGGGAGGGGUGACCCUUAUCUGCGGCGCUUUCAUCUUCGGCCAGAGUACCAGCGUCGCUGUGAUGGAGCUCCUUGGGAAGGUGUGACACUGCUCUACCAUCCAGGUGUUUCUUACCCAAACGGUGGUAACUGUAGUCCUGGUUUAGAAAUCACCUAAAGGAGCAUCAAACCAUGAACUUUUGCUGAAGUCCGUGCCCCCCCCAAUAUCUGAGAAAUGUUAUUUUUAACCUACUUGAAUGGAUCAACAGCAAUGAGCCAACAGUGAUGUCUGACUGAAACCCUCAGGUUUUCUGCAGUUUUAUGACUCUAUCAAGCUCCAACAGUCAGGAGCAGAUCUUACUUUUCUUCAUGUUUCUAAUUUUGACUUUACUGUUAGCAAACAUUUAUAGAUGUUGACCUCCAGCCCACAUGGCCACUGUUCUGCUGGUUCCCAGCUAACCUAACCUGGCAGCUUCUUUUUGGUAAAACACACUUGAAUCUGGUACGGUAAUCAUAUGAAAUAUAGUCCAUACCUGCUAAAAAGAAAAUAAUUGGAUUUUCUGCAUAAAAGUAUUUUAAAUACAUUUAAAUAAACUAAACCUCUACAUCAGAUUUUUAUUUUACACAUCUAAAAGUCUUUAUUUUUCUGGAAGGAUCAAAGUAUCUGAAUGAGGAAUGAACCACUCAUGUGAGUAGUUUUUAUAAAAGAAACCAAAAUUUUCUUUAGCCACAAGUUAAAUAAUUAAUACAUGUAAUUAAAAAAAAACUAUUUUUGUACACCUGAUUGUUUUAGAAAUGAAAAGAGAUUGUAGACAGAAUUUCAGCCCCACAUGCUCAGAACAAAGUUAGAUUUCAACUGUUUUGCAGAUCUUAAGUAUUUUUCCAAAGUCUGAAAAGAUAUACCAGAAUAUUAAAUUGAGGAAAAAGCACAAAUGCAGACUAAACACAAACCUCAAGUUUUACAGUUUUAUUGAGUCGCAUCACUCUACAUUGUCUAAAAUUUCAACAAGAUAUCCUUUACAGACCAAAUAUACUUGCAUCCCUGCAAUAAGUCUCUACACUUGAAGAGAAAGCAGUUUUACUGAAACAUACAUUAAGAAUUAUUUCAUUAAACAUCGCCAUAAAAGUGAAUCUUCAUUCAUUUUUCUAGUCAUAUAUUUUCAUAUAUAUGUCUUAUAGAAUAGAUUUUGUCUUUCAUAGGAAUACUAGAAAAGAAAGAAGGUAAGAAAUGCACAAAACGCAUUAAAGAGUAUCAUGGCCUAAAACUACAGCAAAGUUGUUACUGGACAUUCAUUUGACAUGCACUCAGUCAAAGGAUAAAAAAUAACACAGCCACAGGAAGAGUGGGGGGUAUUAAUGGCAGUCAGUUUGGCAAAUUCCUGACUGGCUUUUGAACAGCUUCCCCCUCAACAGGGGGGGGGCACCGCCAUGUGUCCUGCUGCUGCUCCAGGAAACAUGCAGCAUCACUAACAGCUUCAUGUGAGGGGGUGGGCAGAAAAGAACACAGUCUGAGGAAUGUAUCAGCAGGUAACAGUAUUGGCAUUUCUAACAGUUUAGUCACAAUGUCAUUUUACACAAGCUGGCCACUCGGGGCGCUGUUUACACGAGGGAUGGGCUGCACUCGGCUGGACUCCAGCUAGCUAUGGCUUUCACAAGAGAGCUAAUAAGCAGAUCCAUGCAGUAUGGCUUGGGUUUAUUGAGAAUACAACAGGUCCUUCAAGAAAUGUUUUAUUUUUAAAAA